AUGGCAGAGUGCCAGAACGCCACGGCUACGGUUGAAGCCUUCCAGCAUCAAAGUCUGCGCACACUUGGCUUCAACACAUGCGGGUCCGCGUGUUGUUGCUCCAUUGGUAUUCUAUCUUUUUGUCACGUUGCCCUGCAGCUGGUGAUUCAGCAAAAAGGACUUGCAGGCCUUCACAUUUUGGCAGACACCAUGUUUCUACGAUACGUGCAGCCUCAACCCUUUCAACUCGGCCCGACUCCUUCGUGCAGCCCCAAAUGCAGCAUUGCCAUGCCGUCCUUUGGGCUGCUACAUGUUUCUGCUGCCUGCCUGCGUUUGAGUUUGCUGGGCCUCUUCUGCUUAGGUUGUGUGCCGACCAGAGCUCCAGUCAUGUUGCAGACUAGCACAGAGCGCAGCUUCCAACGCAGCUUAGCAGGUUGA